AUGACGUGUUCUGAAAUUGAUUUGAAAGUGCUACCUCUCCACAAACAUUCUCAAUAUUUGGAAGCGUGCGUAGAUAUGAUAAAUGAAGAAUGGCCUAGAAGUAAAACUGCUAGAAUGAAGUCUUUGACGGCAUCUUGCGACAAUCUGCCUACAAGUUUAAUACUUAUAAACAACAAAAUGAAUUUACUAGGUCACGCUAAGCUUACUCGUUUGCCAAAUAUACCAAAUAGUUGUUUUGUUGAAACUGUCGUUAUAACUAAACAUAUGCGUGGUAAAAAGUUGGGUACUUUUUUAAUGAGAAAGGUUGAAUGCUAUUGCAAAAAUGUUCUUCACUUAAAAAUGCUACAUUUAUCUACAAAGGGACAAGAAGAAUUCUACAGCAAAUUAGGGUAUGAGAUAUGUCCUCCAGUUUCUACUUAUGGCAACCCUGUCAGUAUUGUUGUUAAACCUGAUAAAGCAGAGAAAAUGAAUCAAGAAACAUGUGGAAAUAUACCCCCUCCUCCUCCAUUACCCAAGCUUCAGAGUGUUGCUAGUACUAAUAUUAAAUCAAGUAAAACAUUUAUGUUUAAAUAUUUGUAG